AUGCCGCCGCGUGAGUCCUCGGGCGACCACAAUCCCCAGUCCCCCCUGCGUCGAUCCCACCACUACAUCUACAUCGUCUCCUGGGCGCUCCUCUCCUCCAUCAUCCUCUACGGCGCCGGAGGGCUCUCCUACGUUGAUGCCGUGCUGCUGGCCUCCGGCGCGGCCACCCAGACCGGGCUGAACACGGUCGACCUCAACCGCCUCAAUGCCGCGCAGCAGGCCACCCUGUGGCUGGUGUCCAUGGUGACGAACGUCAUCUUCGUGCAUUCGCUGCUGGUGGUGAUCCGCCUGUACUGGUUCCGGAAGCGAUUCCGCCACGCCAUCCACGAUGCCAAGAUGCUGUGUCGCGCGCAGCGCAACACCCUGAAUCAGCGGCUCGCCGACGUGGAAAUCGGGCCUCCGCGGGCUGUCCAACCGCCAGAGGAAGUGCCCCUGCUGGCCACCGUGGACGAGGAGAGCCGUCCCGACUCGCCCGAGGUGUCGCCCGGCAGGAAAUACGGCGCCACCAGCCCGCACAUCACCUUCCGGGAAACCGACCCCGAGCACGAGGUCAAGCAGCGGCGACGGUCGUACUCGUGGUCCCGGCGGUCCCUGUCGCUGUCCGACACCGACACGCCGCUGCGUCGGUCCUUCUCCGAGCUGCAGAACGAGAUGCCCCCGCUGCCGUCCCUGGCCUGGCAGGCCUCCAUCGCCAGCUACUCGGACUGGAACGAGACGCAGAAGGAGGAGCUGGGCGGGAUCGAGUACCGGGCGCUGAAGCGGCUGAUCGUCAUCCUGGUGUGCUACUUCGUGGCGAUCCACGUGCUGGGCUUCGUGCUCUUCGUGGCCUGGAUCCUCCCCAACAACCACUACAGCGCGGUGCUGGCAGACUCCGGGCUGCACCGGUCCUGGUGGGCGGCCUUCACGGCCGGAUCUGCCUUCAACGACCUCGGAUUCACCCUGACCCCAGACUCAAUGGCCUCGUUCAACGCCGCCCCGUUCCCCCUGCUGGUCAUGACCGUGCUCAUCGUGCUCGGCAACACCGGCUUCCCGUGCAUGCUCCGCUUCAUCAUCUGGACCAUCCUGCAGUUCACCACCUACGGCAGCCCCCUCGACGACGAGCUGCAGUACCUGCUCGACCACCCGCGCCGCUGCUUCACGCUGCUCUUCCCCAGCAGCGAGACCUGGCGUCUGGCCGCGGUUCUUCUGCUCUUGAACGCCUUUGACCUGAUCAUCUUCUACACAUUGCAAGAAACCCCCCACCUAACCCCCCUCCCCGCCCCCCUCCGCCUCAUCAACGGGCUCUUCCAAAUCGCCUCCACCCGAACCGCCGGCUUCAGCAUCACCUCCCUCGCGACCCUGCACCCGGCCGUGCAGGUCUCCUUCCUGAUAAUGAUGUACAUCUCCGCCUUCCCCAUCGCCAUCGCCAUGCGCAAAACCAACGUCUACGAAGAACGCAGCCUAGGCAUCUACUACACCGACGAAUACGACAACCCCAAUCCCAAUAACCCCCACAACCACAACUCCACCCCUCCCUCUCCCCUCCCUCAAUCACAACCCCAACCCCACCACCACCACCACAACCCUAACCGCACAUAUCCAACGCCAACUCGGCUUCGACCUCUGCCCCACAACCAGCCCCACAACUCCACCCAAAACAACCCCGACCUCUCCUUCUCCCUCUUCCCCAUCCUCUUCGAGAUCGUGUCCGCGUACGGCACCGUCGGCCUGUCGAUGGGGUAUCCCGGCUCGGAAACGAGUCUGUGUCGCGAGUUCGGCGCCGUGGGGAAGGUCAUUGUUGUGGCGAUGCAGAAGUGUUAUCCUCGCGACAGAUAA